AUGAUUUGUAGGUAUGAAACUGAGGUCAUUGGUGAGAUUGCUGAACAAGUCUUUGCAAAGCAUCGAAAGAUCAAACAACUAUUGGAUAAAUUUGAUUCUGAAUUUGAAGCGGUCGAACCACUUUUGAACCUUGAAUCUUGUGAUACUGUUCGUAUGGUGGGAAUUUAUGAAGAUCCUAAAAUAGGCAAAAGUUACAUAACAACAUUUGCAUUUGAGCUAUACUAUAAGAUCAAAUACAAGUUCAGAGCGGCAAGUUUUCUUGUUGAUGUUAUUAAACAGUUAAGGAAAAACACCGCUAAUGGCUUGGAAAAUCUCCACAAGGAUCUUCUUUCUGAUAUGGGUGUGGAAACCAUGCAGGAGUUGCAACAUAAGAGAGUGCUUCUGGUUCUGGAAGGGGUUAAUAGUGACAAGCAUUUGGAGUUUCUAGUGGGAAUGGGAAUAGGUCAUUGGUUUGGUCUUGGUAGUAGGAUCAUCAUAACAACAGAAAACAAAGAUCUCUUUCAGAAUCAUCCUGUGAUGGAUGGUGUUGAGCUUAAGACACAUUGCUUUGGUGAAGGUGAAUUCAGUGGCAGAAAUAGGAUUGUAAAGGAAAGGAAUGUAGUGAAAGAUUUCAUCGAUGUGAUUAAUCAACUGAGAGAAGAAAAUUCAAUGAGGAGCAAUGUUGUUUCAAUUGUCAGUGAAAUAUUCACGGUGCAUUGGCAACUGUUUCCAAAGAUUAUAGAGAAAAGAUGUUUUCUCAAGCCUUCAUCGUUCUUUGAUGCCAUCCACAGCUAUACCCGAAAAUGA